GUUACACCUGCAACCAGAAUUGAGAGAAGUGGAAUGAAUAUGGUGUUAAUAAGGUUAUGUUUGGUUGCCUACAAUAAUAAAGCAGUAUUUAAGUGUGACAGUAUAUAACAUUAAAUAGUGUCAGCGAUGAGCAAUCGAUUGAAAAGAUAUCUUUUUUGGUUUGCUCAUGAACAUGUUGACUUUCGAUUUGCUGAAAUGGAGUCUAUAUUCAACCUGUUCAACAUUAAAUUAGGCACAGUAAUUAAUCCAGAAGAACAUCCUUAUUGGAUUGUGGACUUACCUGAUGAAGAUAUGGUACAUAAAAUUACCAGCAGAGCAGUCUCGUUACGUUUUUGUUUGGAAUUAUGGGCACAAGGGAAACAAAUUGAGGAUUUACACAAUUCAUUGAAAGCUUAUUCAGUUGAAAAUUCCAAGAUUUUUGUUGGAGAUAAAAGAUCAUUCAAGAUUACAGUAGAAACUUUCUGUAAACAUUUCUCGCAAUGUGAAAAAGUAAAUAAAAUUGAAUCUUUCAGUUACUUACCUCUCGAAGGACCGGUUAAAUUAAAAAAUCCAGACUUUACUUUAUACUAUAUAGAAUAUUAUGGACUUGACCCUAACAACAUUCCUGAAAAGCCAUAUGAUCACUUCUUCGGAAGAUGGAUUGCGGAUGGUCAGCGGGAGUUAAUUCAAAAGUUGUCACUAAAAACUAGGAAAUUUAUAGGAAAUACAUCAAUGGAUCCUCAGCUAUCGCUGAUAAUGGCGAAUCAGGCACAAGUUAGAAAAGGAGAUUUAGUUUUUGACCCAUUUGUGGGGACGGGUUCCUUAUUAAUUUCUGCAUCUCAAUUUGGGGGAUAUACGUUUGGAACAGAUAUUGAUUUUAUGAUGCUUCACGGCCGUACAAGACCUACGCGAAUAUCACAAAAGACAAGGGAGAAAGACGAAAGUAUCGCAGCGAAUAUGAAUCAAUAUGGAACAAGUUCCUAUUAUCUCGAUGUAGUGGUAGCGGAUUUUUCGUACCCACUUUGGCGGUUAGACUUACAAAUAGAUGCUAUUGUAACGGAUCCACCUUAUGGCAUAAGGGAAGCCACGGAGCGUAUAGGUACCAUGAAGUUAAAUCCAAUGAUAGAGGAACAUCAAGUAACUUCUCAUAUCCCUUCUAAAAUCGAUUAUGGCCUUAAUCAAAUAUACGUAGAUUUAUUGUGCUUCUCCGCGAAACAUCUGAAACUUGAUGGCAGAUUGGUGUGUUGGUAUCCGUUGUUUAGGGACCAAUACGUGGAGGAUCAAUUACCAGCGCAUCCUUGCUUAGAAUUGGUAGCUAAUUCCGAACAAAUAUUGAGCAAUUAUACCAGCCGAAGAUUGUUAACUUACAAGAAAGUUAAAGAGCCAGAGGCAACCGACGAGAGCGUCACUAUAAAUUUGGUCGACUUUCGUGAAAAAUAUUUUGCAUUACGCGAGGAAACGAGAAAAGAGAAGCGAAUGAGAAAAACCGAAGAGAGAGCGAGGAGACGAGAGGACUGGGAACGUAGUAACAGAGAAACUACUGAAAGAUGACUGUAAAGCUUUAUUUUAUAUAGAAACGAACAUUAAAUGUUUCCUUUCGAUGCUAUAUGUGUCCUAAAUUAAUUACUUCUCAAUAAAACAAAUUAUUUUAUCGAAA